UGAGAAUGUCAGAAAAACACUCCACCCCUCCCUGGCAAAUAGGCCUAUGAAUAGAUCUUUUGGUCCAGUCUUGCACGACUCUCUUACGGAGACCACCUUGACGGACACUGUGAGAGAUUUCACAUAGGCUUAUACAGGUCUUCAUUGCAAACGAAUUGUUUUCCUUUCAUAUUUUGACCCCGAGAACAGUAAAAGAACAAAACAUGCGCGAGUGUAUAUCCAUCCACGUGGGUCAGGCGGGUGUUCAGAUGGGCAACACCUGCUGGGAGCUCUACUGUCUGGAGCACGGGAUCCAGCCGGACGGAUCCAUGCCCAACAAGGCGCCCGUGGGCGGGCAUGACGACUCCUUCACCACCUUCUUCAGUGAGACCGGUGCCAAGAAGUACGUGCCCCGGGCCAUCUUUGUGGACCUGGAGCCCACUGUUAUCGAUGAGGUGCGCAUGGGCACCUAUCGCCAGCUCUUCCACCCGGAGCAGCUCAUCACUGGAAAGGAGGAUGCUGCCAACAACUACGCCCGUGGACACUACACCAUCGGCAAGGAGGUCAUCGAUUUAGUACUGGACCGCGUCCGCAAACUGUCUGACCAGUGCACUGGUCUUCAGGGCUUCCUGGUGUUCCACAGCUUUGGUGGAGGCACUGGCUCUGGUUUCACCUCCUUGUUAAUGGAGCGCCUCUCUGUAGACUACGGAAAGAAGUCCAAGCUGGAGUUUGCUAUUUAUCCAGCUCCCCAGGUGUCCACUGCAGUGGUGGAGCCCUACAACUCCAUCCUGACCACCCACACCACCCUGGAGCACUCCGACUGUGCCUUCAUGGUGGACAAUGAAGCCAUCUACGACAUCUGCCGAAGGAAUCUAGACAUUGAGCGCCCAUCCUACACCAAUCUCAACCGUCUAAUUAGCCAAAUCGUGUCCUCCAUAACAGCCUCCCUCAGGUUUGAUGGAGCCCUGAAUGUGGAUCUGACGGAGUUCCAGACCAAUUUGGUGCCCUACCCUCGUAUCCACUUCCCCCUAGCCACCUAUGCUCCAGUCAUCUCUGCUGAGAAGGCCUACCAUGAGCAGCUCUCUGUGGCUGAGAUCACAAACUCCUGCUUCGAGCCUCAAAACCAGAUGGUGAAGUGUGACCCUCGUCAUGGUAAAUACAUGGCCUGCUGUCUUCUUUACCGUGGUGAUGUGGUUCCCAAAGACGUCAAUGUAGCCAUCGCAGCCAUCAAGACCAAAAGAAGCAUCCAGUUUGUGGACUGGUGCCCCACUGGCUUCAAGGUGGGCAUCAACUACCAGCCCCCCACUGUGGUGCCCGGUGGAGACCUGGCCAAGGUGCAGAGGGCCGUGUGUAUGCUGAGCAACACCACCGCCAUCGCUGAGGCCUGGGCCCGUCUGGACCACAAGUUUGACCUGAUGUACGCCAAGAGGGCCUUCGUGCACUGGUACGUGGGGGAGGGCAUGGAGGAGGGAGAGUUCUCCGAGGCCAGAGAAGACAUGGCCGCCCUGGAGAAGGAUUAUGAGGAGGUGGGAAUCGACUCCUUUGAGGAGGACGAGGAUUAUGAGGAGUAUUAGGAUGUUUGAAGGAUUUCCUUCCUUUCCAUUUCUGUUACAUGACCUAUCGGGGUCAGUGGAUAUACUUAAAGAUGUACUUUGAUAUGUGUUUUUCAAUAAAUAAAGUUUAUGGGGCACAUGCCUAAUUUACUCA